AUGACUACAUUUAGACCGCUAUCAAGUUUUGAGAAAAAACUUCUGACUCAAUCUUUGAAUGACCAGAGAAAUGGGACUAUUUUCUCUAGUACAUAUUCUAAAUCUCUGGGUAAAGAAAACGAUGCUGAUUGGCAUUCAGAUGAGGUCACGCUUGGAACAAACUCUUCUAAAGAUGAUUCCCGUCUGACACUUCCUCUAAUAGCAACAACUUUGAAGAGAUUGAUCAAAUCACAGCCAGCGUUAUUUGCCACUAUAAACGAAGAAUGGGAGUUUGAGCCAUUGGAACAACUAAAAACGUCUGACAUUGUAAACGUGAUUGAGUUUGAAACCUUGAAAGAUAAAGAGGUCAAUUGUCAUUGGGGUGUACCACCUCCUUAUCUUUUACGUCAUGCUUUCAACAAGACCAGAUUUAUACCCGGAUCUAAUAGACCAUUGUGGACAUUAUAUGUGAUUGAUGAAACAUUGUUAGUUUUCCAUGGCCACGACGUGUUAUUUGAUAUUUUUUCAGCCGCUAAUUUCCAUAAGUUGUUCCUGAAAGAAUUAAACAACAUCAGUUCGGUAACGCACUACGAAGAUAGAAUUUUGUUUGAUAUUAAUAAUGUUAGUAUCUCCGACUUAAACUUUCCCAAAUCGAUAUAUGAUAGUGCAAAGUUACAUCUGCCUGCUAUGACACCACAAAUUUUUCACAAACAGACUCAAUCUUUUUUUAAAUCAAUAUUCUAUAACACUUUGAAAAGGCCUUUUGGAUACUUAACCAAUCAAACAUCAAUUAGCUCACCAGCAUCUGCAACGCAAUUAAAAAAGUAUAAUGAUAUUCUGAACGCGCACUCUUCGUUAUGCGGGACGACAGUAUUUGGUAUAGUCAGUAACCAGAGGUUUAAUUAUUUGAAGUCAAUUGUUAACCAAGAGCAUAUAUGCCUGAGAAGCUUCAUCUGCGGUAUAGCAAUGAUAUGUCUGAAACCUCUCGUGAAGGAUUUUAGUGGUACAAUAGUAUUUUCUAUUCCGAUCGAUUUAAGAAAACACUUGGGCUUAGGCGAAUCAUUGGGUCUCUUUUUCAAAGAGUUGAGGAUCGCAUGUCCACUUUCCCUAAUAGAUGAUGAACUUUCUGUAAACGAAUUCCUGGCAAACAGCAAUGAUAAUGAGGAGGAUGAAGAAUUUGAUGAAAAAUUGAUGGAGUACCAAUUCAAUAAUGUUACAAAACAUGUUAGUAGUUUCAUUAUGGCAAAAUUGAAAAGUUGGGAAAAGAAUGGAUUUAAUGAUGAUGAUAUAAGGAGAAUGAAAUAUGACAACGAUGACGAGUUCCAUAUCCAAAACUCAAAGACCAAAUUGGUUCAAAUUAAUGAUGUCUCUGACAUUUCGCUAUCGAUGAACAAUGACGAUAAAUCAUUCAAAAUUGUAAGUUCGGGAUUUACAAGCUCAAUAAAUCGCCCCACAUUAUUAUCACUUUCAUAUACAUACUGCCAAGAAAUGGGUCUGAAUAUCUGCAUUCACUAUCCCGAUUCAUACAAUUUAGAAUCGUUUGUGGAGUGCUUCGAAUCCUUCAUUGAAUGA